AUGUUGACGUUUGGAAACUACCUCUACCCUAACGCUGUCAUUCUCCCAGUCCUAGCUCUGCUUGCUGUACUCUUGGACAUCCCACCAUUGGUAUGGCACAUGUCCCAGCACAAUAUAGCAGCUUGGUCUCUCAUUCUCUGGAUCAUUCUCGCCAACUUCUUUAACUUCACCAAUCCUCUCAUAUGGCCAACGGACGAUAUUGAUCACUGGUGGGAUGGCAACGGCCUCUGCGAUGUCGAAGUACGAGUCUUUCUAAGCUUCGGUAUUGGUCUCCCAGCAGCCGUGAUGAUGGUCAUGAGGAAGCUCGCCAAGGUCAUGGAUACUCGAAACAUUACAGUGGCUCCGACUCAAAGCCAGAGAGUAAGGGAAAAGGCCUUGGAUGGCUUGUGGUGCUGGGGCUACCCGCUGCUGAUGGCCCUCAUAUACUACAUCGUCCAACCGAUUCGAUACUGGAUUUUCGGUAUUUCCGGCUGCGUCGUUGCCUUGGAUGAGAGUUGGCUAAGUAUUGUGUUAAUCCACAUGUGGACCCCUAUCACAGUGCUCAUCGGUUCGUAUUAUGCAGGCAUUCUGGUAUGGCGGCUCUACCGAUACCGCAAAGACUUCCACCGCCUAAUCGCCGCUCGAAAUACUACUAAGUCACGCUUCAUGCGCCUCUUCGUCAUGUCCAUGAUAAUCAUCGUCAUCUUCCUCCCCUAUUCAAUCUGGAUCUUCUACCUCAACGCUUCACAAACCCAAGGGCCUUUUGUCUGGAGCAGAGUUCAUGGACCAGAUUGGAACAGCAUUAUAAAAGCCCCCGUGGCAGGCCAAAUCCGAGUAGACAAAUGGGGUCAGAUCGCUGGCGGCUACCUCACUUUCUUCGUCUUUGGUACCGGAACGGAUGCAAAUAACACAUACAAGAGGAUGCUGUGUGCCAUGGGCUUGGGCAAGAUCUUCCCCAGCCUACACAAGGAGUCUGUGAGUGGGGCAUCGACUCCAACCAGUUCUUCGUUUGCGAGGAAGUCGUGGUUCUCAAUUAGAAGUAAGGCGAAGAGCUUUUCCUCAAAAAACGAAUCUGGCAUCGAGACGUUAUCGUCGAACACUAUGAAUAGCUCUAUAUCGGUGUCUUCACCGACCACUCCCCGCUUUCAAAACUUCCACCAAGCUUCGACCGUGAAUCCAGCUCUCCCACGUAGUGCAUGCAUUGCAGCACUAGUGUCACAGAAACCAUUAUUCUUUCGCCGUCUAUUAACGCGCGGCCGUACCGGUAACCUACCAACUGUCCUCCCAUCCUCCCACCACAAAACCGCCGACCUGGUGGAGAGCGAGAUGAUAUCUGCUAGCACCAACUUCCCCGGCGUAUACACCUAUGCCUGGGCCUCCAACAGCCGGCAAGCCUCCAGGUUUCCCGCUAGCAACGGUGUAUAUGUCAUCCGAGAAGUCCGGCAGAACAACGAAGCACACACAAGUCCGAACAAGGAACAGAGUCCAGAGUUCCUAGUAUAG